AUGAGGUGGCUUCUGUCAUUCGCAAAGGAAGUGGUCCAGUCAGCCGCGGCGUCCGUCGCGGCGAACGAGCUGGUCAGACUGCUUCCUUCCUUAGACCACGAUCUCGAGGUGCUGCGGACAACCCUGCUCACGACCCGCCUCCGCGUCGACAAGGCCGAGCAGUGGCGCUUCAAGAACCCCCACUUCGACCAGCUGCUGAUGCAACUGAAGGCCGCCUUCUACGACGCCGAGGACCUCAUCGCCGAGUUCGACUACGUCGAGCUGCAGCAGAAGAUCGAGGGCGGCCACGCAAGUCUGCUCCUCUCUUCUCCUCUCGAUUUCGUGAAGAAUUUAAUUUCCCGCGCUCCCGACAAAGUCCGGCAGUACCAGCGCAGGCUAGAUGAUGCUGCCACCGCGCUGGAGAAAGUAAUCGUAGAUUUAAACUUUCGCGAUGAGCCGAAGCGGUCUGACGUGCUACGGCGACGGCAGACGGGCUCGUUCGUUACCGAACCGGAAGUGUUCGGCCGCGACGAGGAGCGGGAGAAGGUGAUUGCCCUGCUGCUGCGGCCGGGCGGUGAAUCUGGCCGAACCAGUAAUAGUGAAUCUGUUCCUGCUAAAAGAAUCAAGAGAGACAAUGUGUCCGUCCUGCCAAUAGUCGGCAUCGGAGGGAUGGGGAAGACUACUCUCGCUCAAGUCGUGUUUAAUGAUCCGAGGGUCCGACACUACUUCGAGACGCGAAUUUGGAUUUGUGUCUCCGAAAUCUUUGAUGUUAAGAGGCUAACUAAGGAGGUGAUAAACAAUGUUGACCUGAGCCACCAAACUGACGGCAAGAAUUCAAGUUGGUCCCGAGGUAAUCGCAAGAAUUUAACUUUGUACCAAACUGGUGGCAAGAAUUUUAGUUCUCUUCAAGUGGUUCUCAAUGAGAUAGCAAUGUCGAAGAGGUUUCUUCUCGUCCUCGACGAUGUGUGGAAUGAGGACAAAAUGGAAUGGGAAAAGUUCUAUGCACCGAUGAGGAAUGGGUAUCGGGGAAGCAUGAUCUUGACGACCACCAGGUCGUCAAAGGUCGCUGAUAUAAUGGGCACCAUGGAUUGCAUCUUUCUGGAGGGCUUAGCAGCUGAUUCUUUUUGGGAAUUCUUCAAGAUACGUGCAUUUGGUUACGGGAAUGAAAAAGUCGAUCAAGAGCUGGAGAGUAUUGCUAAGAAGAUUGCUACCAAGUUAAAAGGAACCCCAUUAGCGGCAAAAACUGUAGGGGGGCUAUUGAAGGAGAAAAUGGAUGCCAAACACUGGAGGAGUAUCAUGAAUAGUGAAAUGUGGAAACUUCGACAAGGUGAAAAUGACAUCUUUCCCGCCCUGCAAUUGAGCUAUCAAUAUCUCCCGCCACAUCUAAAGCGGUGUUUCGCAAUUUGCUCCAUUUUUCCCAAAGACCAUGAAAUCGAUGAAGUCUCUCUAAUCGAAUUAUGGCUGGCGCAAGGCUUCGUCACAUCGGAAGAUAACAUGCUACCGGAAGAUGUAGCGACUAGGUACUUGAGUGAGUUGACAAGCCGGUCCUUCCUUCGACUGAGUAACCCAACUAAAAAAUACUAUGUGAUCCAUAAUUUAAUGCAUGACUUGGCAUAAUCUGUUUCAGCGCAUGAAGUUCUGAUGAUACAGAAUAAUAAAUGCGAACGAAGCAGCCCUUCUACUGUUCGCCAUUUGGCAAUAUUUGCCUCAUAUCUGGAAUCAAGCAUAUUAAAGGAAAUAGGUAGGUAUGGUAGGCUGCGGUUAGUUUCAAGCGGAAUCUUUUGUGGACUUGCCCCGACAUAUUUGUAUUUCAAUUUGGCUCCUGCAACUGGAACCUGGUUUACUCAA